AUGACGAAAGAUCCUACCAAGGAAAUUCCAACAGAACCGACUCUCGAAGGUAAAAAUCAUAUACUUUACUCUCCUGCUCAACACCGAAAGAACAUGAAUUCCACGACUGUAAACUAUACGGCCGAGUUGGCGAAUUUCGCAGCCAAUGCCACAAUUUCUGCUAUCCCGUCGAGCUUCCUGGCGCUUCUGCCCAUCUUCAUCCUCGACACUUUCUCUGCGAUGCUCGCUGGCUUGGUCCAACCCGUCUAUCGCUCUGCAGUCAAAGUAGUAAAUAUCACAUAUGGACCUGGCAGCACGCACGCGGCAUAUACCGCGAUCGACGGCACCGUCUCUUCGCUGUCGGGUCAAAUGUUCUUGAUGGGCCUGGCUGCCGCCGACUUUGAAUUCGAGCAUGUCAUCAAUAACGCUCACCCGGCUUCUGCGAUGUUUCCGGCCCUAUUGAGCGUCGCAGCGGCCCACCACAAGACCGGCACAGAGCUCUUCACAGCGAUGGCGGUCGGAUAUGAGCUGGCAACGCGGAUCGGCGCAGCAAGCACCGCGCAGGUGGAGUCCGUCAGGGGCUUCCACAACCCGGGGUUGAACGGAGAUCUCGCCACGGCUGCUGCGGUCGGGCGCCUAAUGGGAUGGGACGCCGACACCAUCGCGUCGGCCAUGGGUCUAGCGGCAUCCAGUUCGGGUGGUCUCCUCGCUUUCGUCAAUACCGGCGCAAUGACCAAGCGCCUGCAUCCGGCUCGUGCAGGCCAACUUGGUGCCGAGGCCGCCUUUCUGGCUCACGCCGGAGUAGUCGGCCCGGCGAACAUCCUCGAAAACCCGCUGGGAUUCCUCCAUGCUUUCUCGCCCAGCCCGCAGCCCCAACUACUGACCGCCGGGCUCGGCACGGACUGGACCGGAGAACAAAUGAUACUGAAAUUGGCACCUGUCCAUGCGCGGGCACAGGGUUUCGUGUAUGCCAUCAACAGUUAUCGAGCCAGUGUGAACCAAACGUGGAACGCGGAGGAUAUCACCAACGUCACCAUCUUUGCGGGCCCAGCCGUUCUAGCGUCGAGUAACUGGAUCCCUCGGCCCAACUCGCUCGUGUCCGCUCAGUACAGUGUCCCCUUUGGCAUCGCCGCGGCUCUGACCGUCGACUUGCGAGACCCACUCAACAUGAACGAUGCAUUGGUGUCAAAUAACACAGCGCUGUCAAUCGCUGCCAGCAUGCAAAAAGUCCAGAUCACUGACAAUGCCCAGGAUCUGGCUGGUUAUAUGACCUUUGAGCUCAACGGGCAAGCAAUCAACAUCACGGCGGACCAGUAUCCCGGCCUUCCUGGUAGCCCGGGAUAUGCGCAAGCGGCAAAGAACAAGUUCGUAAGCGUCGUACAAGGCCUGGGCGUGAGUGCCCAGGGUGCAUCGGUGGAGAAAACAAUUGCGGAUGUAGCUAACAUGACGGAUGUGGCCCUGUUGUUGGAGGAAAUGGUCCAGGUUGGAUCCACUGCUGCCGCAAAUUUUGUUGUGUAA